AUGACAAUGUGGACGGCAGAAGCAAAGCCGGAGUGCCGUUCUGUUCAAAGUUCAGCGCUCGUCAAGGAUGUCUGGUGUACCAUUCACACUGCACGUGUCGAUAUUUUUAUCAAGCUGCUGAUAUCAUAUGUGACUAUGUAUGACGCUGGGCUCACUAGGGUAAAGCAUUUUUCAAUGGCCAUUCCGGGGGCGGUGCUGAAUGUCAAGUUGGAGGAAAAGCUGUUGGAAAACAGUGAUCCUUCAGCACACAUCCUGCAGCUUGCUGAACUCAGAAUUCAAAAUAUCAGUUCAAUCAUAGACGACAUUAAGCAUUCUAUUCCCAAAGCAGAAACUCCAGUAGAUCGCGGUUCUGCGGUUGUCACCUCUUGCGAGGAUUUCGGCCUCGUCAAACUUGAAAAUAUGUUCGGGUCCCGUCGAGUAAACUGCAAUCUGGGUGUUGCAGUCUUUCUUUCUCAUCACCACUGUAUGCUCGGCCAUUCGCGUCCGGAGUUAUCUUCCAGUUUCUCCGACAGAGUUGUUUUGUCCAAAAUUCCAGCCGUUUCCUGUCGUGACAGUGGGUCUUUCGGUCUCAUGACACGGCGCCUGAUGGUUGUUUCUGGCCUGUGCGCGACUCCAACUCCAAGUUGGAUGAGUAGGCUGCUGACCGCU